AUGACAAUUGAAAUUGCUGCACCUAAAUUAACUACUAAUACUAUUAAUACUAUGGAUAUUAAGGAUAUUAAUACAGUAAUGGAUAUUAGUGAAGAAAAUCUGAAUGAAAUUGCUGCUGUAACUAAUUUUGGGGAGUCGGAUACUUUUAGUAAUACUAAUGGUAAUAUGGUUAAUAAGGAUAUUAUGGAUACUAAUAAUACUAAGGAUAUUAAUACUAAGGAGUCAGGUACUACUAACAGUACUGAGGGUACUAGUACUAAGGGUACUACUAAUACCAGUACUGGAAAUGGUACUGCUGGACCAGUCACCGUAACGGAGAAACUAGUAUCAGAAGUAUAUAUAUAUUUAUUACAAAUGAAAUUAUUGAAUACAUUAGAUUUAAUACGUUCAGUAUGUAGACCAUGGGGUGUACCACCAAAUGGUAAUGAUUAUGUAUAUCAUUUUGAUAAUAUAUCAAAAACUAAUUCAUUAAUUAUAUUACAACAUUAUGAAGAUAUUUUUCAUCCAAUUUAUAAAAAAUUUAAUUCUCCCGUUACGGUGACUGGUACUACAGAAAGUACUACUGAAGAAAAUUCCACCAAUAAAACUGCUGCUAAUAGUAAUGGAGUUACUACUAAAAGUGUAACUACUAUGGGAAAGGGAGCUAAUUCUAUGGGUACCAAGUGUACUAGUACUAAUGGUACUUUGGCUACUGAUGGCCGUGGACCUCACACCGUAACGGAGAAUCCAAAAUUAUUAUGGACAAGAAUAGAAGAUGUAGAUUAUUUUAAAAUAAUAUAUAAAUUAGAAUGUAUACGUUAUAAUCAUCCAUUUAAUUCAUUAACAUAUGAAAAUAUAUUAAGAUAUACUAUAAAUAAGUUAUCCGUUACCUCCGAUACGGUGCUUGGUCAAGCGGGUACAGGUACUAAGGUUAAUAGUAUAGGUACUAAGGUUAAUAGUAAUAGUAGUAAGGAUAUUGGAGCUGUUGGAGCAAGCACCGUAACGAAGAAUAUAAAUAUAUUGGAUAGUUUAAUUAAUAUGAAUGAAAAUAUAAAGGAACAAAUUUGUAGUUUUUGUGGUAAUAUUUUUCUAACAAAAUGUCAAUAUUGUAUUUAUUCAUUAUCACCAAUUAAUCAUAUUAUUAAUUCCGUUACGGUGACUGGUACUACGGAAAGUAAUGGACCUGAAGAUAGUAGUGAAGAAAAUUCUACUACCAAAAUUGCUGCUGUAACUACUCCUGGAAAGGGAGCUAAUUCUAUGGGUAUGGAGUGUACUAGUGAGGAAAAUUUGAAUGAAAUUGCUGUUGUAACUAAUUCUAGGGAGUCAAGUAAUAAUAGUGUGGAUGUUAAGGGUAUUAAGAAUACUGAGGAUACUAAUUUUAAGGAAACCCCUUUCGGGGAUAAGGAAGACCCUUUUGAGGAUGCCGUUGGAGCAAGCACCGUAACGGAGGAUGAAUAUCCAUAUAUAAAUAAGAAUAAUAAUUAUUAUAUAUUAACAAAUGGAAUAGAUAAUAAUGAUUUAAAUGAUGAAUUAAAUUUAUAUAAAGAUGAUAUUAGUAAUUCUUUUCAAAUUUCUCCCGUAACGGUGACUGGUCCAACGGGAAAGGGAGCUAAUUCUACAGCCACCGAGUGUACUAGUGCUAAUACUAAUACUACUACCUUAACUACUACCAAUACUACUAAUACCUUAACUACUAAUACCCUUAAUGCUAAUACUACUACUGUAGUACCUACUACUGUUACUGAUGAAGAUACUACUACUGAUACUACUUAUAAUACAAGUGAUACUAGUAAUAAUACUAGUACAGAUGGUACAGGUACAACUAUUAUUGGUACAAAUACUAGUGGUACAGAGGAAAAUUCUCUUGGUGGACCUGACACCGUAACGGAAGACACUGUAACGGACACUGUAACGGAGAAUUAUAUAUUAGAUGAGAAUAUAUUUUCAAUAAUAAGUGAUGAAGAAGUUGAUACAGAUGAAAUUGAUGAACGUUAUUUUGGUAAAAAUCAAGAUAUUGAAAAAAUUAUACUUUCUGUAUUAAAUCGUCGAAUUAAUAAUACAAGAAAAUAUGGAUAUCAAAAAGAAGAUGAAGUAAAUAAUUGUUUAUUAUCAUUAUAUAAAACAGUACAACCAAAUCAUACACGUCGUACAAGACCACGUCAAUCAUCAUUGAUAUUGACCAAAUUCAAUCCAUAUGAAUUUAAUAAAUUAACACCAUAUGAUUUCAAUAAAAUCAGUACACAUGAUUUCACUAAAUUAUCCAAUUAUUAUCAUGUAGAUAUCAAUACGGUGCUUGCUCCAACAAGUACUAAUUAUGGAAUAGGAUUACCAGGUGUUACAACAUUAAGUAAUAGAAUUAAUGGAAUAGAUAGAAUUGGAAUAGAUAAUAGAUUGAAUGGAGGAUUAGAUAGAUUUGGAUUUGAUAGAUUUACCAAUACUACUAAUGGAGUAGGAGUUAGUACUGUUGGUGGUGGUGGAGUGGCAGGCCGUGGACCAGACACCGUAACGGAAGAUAUCUAUAGAAAUAAUGAAAAAUAUUCUUAUAUGGAAAAUAAAUAUUCAUAUAUGGAAAAUAAAUAUUCAUUUAUGGAAAAUUAUUUAGAAUAUGAUAAAGCAAAGUAUGGGAAAUAUGACAAGUAUGGUAAGUAUAGUGAUAAGUAUGGAAAGUAUAGUGAUAAAUAUAGUAAAUAUGGGAGAUAUGGUAAAUAUGGUAAUACUAAAGGUAGUCCUUUUGGGGUUAGUAGUAAUACUAAUGGUAAUAGUGGUAUUGGUAGUAGUGGUAUUGGUAGCCGUGGUACUGACACCGUAACGGGAAAAAAAAGAAGAUAUAAUAAAGAUAUAGAAUAUACAUUAAUAAGAAAUAGAAAAAGAAGAAGAUUAGAGAAUUAUAAUAUAAAUGUGGAAAAAGAUGUGAAGAUAAGUAGUCAUGUAGUAUCAGCAAGUGUAAGUUAUGAUAAAAGACAACAACGUUUUAUGGCACAAUGGAAAACCAAAGAAGGUACAAAACAUUCCAAAUCAUUUUAUGCUAAACGUUAUGCUACACCAAUUAUGGCUAGAAAACAUGCUGAAUUAUAUAAAAUGUAUAUAUUACAACAUAAAGUUUCCAAUUCCAAUGAACUCAUUGAACCUACUUUUGAACAAUUAUCUGCUAAUAAUUUUAAAGAUUUAGAUAAUAUUAAUGAUAAUAAUACUAAUAAGGAUACUAAUAAUACUACUAAGGGAAAGGGAGCUAAUACUAAGGAAACCCCUUUAGGGGCUGAUGGUACCAUUGGAGCAAGCACCGUAACUGAGGGAAAGGGAGCUAAUUCUAUGGUUACAGAGUGUACUAGUGAGAAAAUUCCUAAUGAAAUUGCUGUUGUAACUAAAACUGGGGAGUCGAGUACUUUUACUAAGGAUACUACGAGUAGUGAUACUAAUACUAUUAAUAAUAUUAAGGAAGACCCUUUUGAGGAUGCUGUGGGACCUCACACCGUAACGGUAAAAUUGUGUGUUUUUUAA